GCCUCAGCCUUCCUCUCUCCCAAACCCGCGCCCCCAGCACCCGACCGAUUCUCCCAUGGCCUCCCACCUCGACUUCCGCUACCUCGACGAGGGCCUCGGCGGCGAGCGCGGCAAGCGCAAGCGCCGCGAGGAAGAGGCCGAGGAGGCCGCCGCUGCCGGUGACUCCAUGGACCUCGACGCCGACGCUCCCCGGCCGUCGAAGCUCCGCGCCGUGCCCUCCCUGUCCGACCCCUCGAGGCCGGCCUCCUUCGGGCAGCCGACCUACGACGGCGUCAUCGCGGGGCGCGUGUCGGGCCGCCGCUGGAAGGAGCCCCGCACCCGGCGCGCCUCGGCCGUGGUGGCGUCGCGGAAGCCGAUCCCGUUGGAGCAGCGCACGCGGGAGAAAUCUCUGAAGCGCGCCUACCAGGCCCGCGUCGCGGAGCUCAAGGAGGAGAUCCGGCAGAACAAGGUGGCGAAGCGGAAGGCGCGCGAGGAGCGGGAGAAACGGAAGGCGGAGAACAUUCUGCGCACGGGCACGAAGCUGCAGCGGGUCACCAACCCUAAGACCAUCCAGAAGAUCGCCAAGUCCAAGAAGCGCAAGCAGCUCAAGGUCGUCCCCGACGAGCUCCUCGGCGGCAAGAAAUCCGAGGCCAGCCGCCGCAUGCAGGUACCCGGACUCGAGAGCUGAAUCUGGCAGGCCUCUCAAUCUUUGUAUCUUUUACAUUGUUCAACGAGAAUUUUGUACUGCUUUUGGAUAAGUAUGCGUUCGAAGUGUUCUAUUGGAUCAUAAUAUUAUGGCAUAUGAAAUUACGAAAGCUGUGAUGGCAGAUUUUACUGAUA